GGUCAGAGGCAGCAGAGUGCGGGGAACUCCAGCAGCUCCGCUCCGUAUAUUUCCACUCACCCUGCGUGUUAGGGAUUCAUUCAUCUCAGGCACAGCUGCUGCUCGGUCUGUCCUGGCGGGAUCUGUCCAUCCAUCCACCCGUCUGCUCAUCCAGGUCCAUCCACAUCUCUGUCCUUCCAUCCAGCUGCGUUCGCGGUCUGCGCCUGGGAAGGUCAGACGCAUCAUUUAUAAUCAGCGGACCUGACAACUUUUUUCUCCCUCUUCUUUUUCUUUUUUUUAUUCCUCUGCCUCCUGAUCAGCGUUUCAUCACCGGGAGGCUAUUACUGCAUCCAGCCGUCUUCGACGCUGCUUCCCCCUGUGUGGACGAGAGGAUGGAUGGCUGACCUCGGAGCUCACUGAUUGGUUCGCUGAACUUCGCUGGCUGCAGCUGCUGUCAUGGCCAAAAGCCCGGAGGUGAAGUUGGCCGUCUUCGGCAGAGCCGGGGUGGGCAAGUCAGCUUUGGUGGUGAGAUUUCUGACCAGACGCUUCAUCUGGGAGUAUGACCCAACACUUGAGUCAACAUAUCGUCAUCAAGCCAACAUUGACGAUGAGGUUGUCACCAUGGAGAUUCUGGACACUGCAGGGCAGGAGGACAUUCAGCAGAAGGAGGGCCACAUGCGCUGGGGUGACGGAUUUGUCAUCGUGUACGACAUCACAGACCGGGGAAGCUUUGAGGAGGUGGCGCCGCUCCGAAGUCUCCUAGAGGAUGUGAAGAAGCCAAAAAACGUGCCUCUGGUCCUCGUGGGCAACAAGUCCGAUCUGGACCACGUCCGGCAGGUCGGCACGGAGGAGGGCGAACGGCUGGCAGCUGAAAUGGCGUGCGCCUUCUACGAAUGUUCAGCGUGCGCAAAUGAGGGCGGCGCCGUGGCCGAGGCUUUCCACGAGCUGUGCCGCGAGGUGAGGCGCCGCAAGGCCGUGCAGGGCAAGGCCAGACGCCGCAGCUCCACCACGCACGUCAAACAGGCCAUCAACAAGAUGCUGACCAAGAUCAGCAGCUAGGGAAGAGACGCACAACCGCUUGACGACACGGGAAAUGUACAUUUGUCUCAUGUAAAUGUUUCGAGCAGUUAUUGGCUCUGAAAUGGACGAAAUGUAACUGAUUUAAUGUCGGAUGUGUUCUUUACUUCGUCUCUUAUCAUUUUCCAUCCAAAUGGUCCCAAGAACAAUAUCUCUUCCCUCUGGAGGAGGCAAACGACAUUGUCACGUCAGCAUGGGAGCCUUAAAGGAUGAUUCUAGUCCAAGAACAUUUGAGCUCAUUUGGAUCAAAUUAAUCCUGGAUUCUGCCGAGAGAUGUGAUGUUUCAUGAUAAAUCAUUAAAAUGGUGAGGUUCUCAACUUUUUUUUUUUUUUUUUUUGCUUUUAUCCUCUCAUCUAACUUUCUUUAAUUCAGUGAACAAGCCAGGAGGCAGUCUGGAAAUGAAGCAUGAAAGCUUCCUAUUUAGCAUGCAUAGAAUCCAAGCAUUAUUGAUGUCGAAUGAGAAGAGUCGUAGUUUCCUGUCUGUUUCUCUCUGUCUGUGGGGGAUAUUGUGAUGUGCUUCGGCCCACAUGUGUGUAACUGUUCUGUCAGCAGUGGUAAAAGAAAACUAAGAUCGGAGAACUAUUAUCAGUAGAUCCACAGUCCUUCGCGCAUGUCAGCCCAAGAAAAAUCCCCAGAUUUAUCGAUGCCUGUCCUUCAAACAAGCCUUGUAAUAAAGUCCACAAUGUUCUGUUGACAUUAAAUGUUCUGCAGCGGCUGCCUGUGUUUAUCCAGGACAUGUGCUCUUCAAGAUCUUUUCCUCAAGGAACCAAAGCACAUGCUCAGAACAUUUUUAAGCCCACGAGAGAACAUUUUUGCCGUUUUCUUGAACCCACUGAAGGUCCAUCCCGAUAUGUCACAUUGCAGGGAUGUCCUCUGUGGUACAGUAUGUAUGAUAUGGUGUGUUGCCUUAAGCACGGCUGUGUCUUAAGUGUGUACAGAACCCAAAUGAGUCUACAGUAGAAGAUACUGUAAUUGUUGAAAUGUAAUGUUUUUUUUCUUUAUGUGUUUGACUUGUAUGAUGAAAACAACCAGCUGUGCACUUGUAAUUAAAAACUGAGAUAUAUCCCGA